AAACGAUUUCGAAAUGCAUUGAGCAUAUAAAGGACACUGAGUCUUUAGUUAUGGAAACAAAUGACACGAGACCAUGUUUUAUUACAUGAUUGCGAUAGGUUGUGCUCUGCAAACAAUAACUUCAGAAGCAAGAUAUUACGGCCCUACUACACCUGACUACUUAAAAUGUAGAUAUGGCCGUUACCAGGCCGAUCUUAGCAAUACUCAGCAAUGUGAUCCUAGGACGCCACACUCCUGUGCUGACGGAUACAACUGUCAGGGAGGACCAGCAUAUCAGCACGGACCAUGCUGCAAAGCUGUGAAUCCUUGUAAAGUUGGGGAUCCUUUUGCCAGAGAUGGGGACGCACCUAACUGUAUUAAGAAUGGUGUUUCUCGCUGCCCCACCGGAUAUAACUGUGUGGGAACAAAGCAGACGUCGUCCGUCUGUUGUAAAGGUUGCACAUAUGAAGGCAAAGCUCGUUUUCCCUCCGAAAAAUUCUACAACAGCCGAGGCGGGGACUGUACUUGUGGUUACGACGGGGAAGUAACAUGUGUUUACCAUUAUUGCCCGUAUAAAAACGACGAACACCCAAUCGGAACAGUAUUUGACGAUGGCUGUAAGACCUGUACGUGUAACACAAACGGUCGAGUGACCUGUACAGAUAAGUAUUGCUCAGUAUAUUGCCAUCAUGGAGGAAAACAAUAUACAUAUGGACAACCGAAAUUUCCAAAAGGCGAUGGCUGUAACGAGUGUUCUUGUCAAAAGGAUGGAACAGUAUUAUGUACCACCAAGCCAUGUGUAGUAUAUUGCCAUCAUGGAGGACAACAAUAUACAUAUGGACAACCGAAAUUUCCAAAAGGCGAUGGCUGUAACGAGUGUUCUUGUCAAAAGGAUGGAACAGUAUCAUGUACCAACAACCCGUGUCUAGUAUAUUGCCAUCAUGGAGGAAAACAAUAUACAUAUGGACAACCGAAAUUUCCAAAAGGCGAUGGCUGUAACGAGUGUUCUUGUCAAAAGGAUGGAACAGUAUCAUGUACCAACAACCCAUGUCCAGUAUAUUGCCAUCAUGGAGGACAACAAUAUACAUAUGGACAACCGAAAUUUCCAAAAGGCGAUGGCUGUAACGAGUGUUCUUGUCAAAAGGAUGGAACAGUAUCAUGUACCAACAACCCAUGUGUAGUAUAUUGCCAUCAUGGAGGACAACAAUAUACGUAUGGACAACCGAAAUUUCCAAAAGGCGAUGGCUGUAACGAGUGUUCUUGUCAAAAGGAUGGAACAGUAUCAUGUACCAACAAGCCAUGUGUAGUAUAUUGCCAUCAUGGAGGACAACAAUAUACAUAUGGACAACCGAAAUUUCCAAAAGGCGAUGGCUGUAACGAGUGUUCUUGUCAAAAGGAUGGAACAGUAUCAUGUACUAACAACCCAUGUUUAGUGUACUGUCGAUAUAAUGGGAGACAGUAUUCUCCCGGACGAACAUUUCCAUCUACUGAUGGCUGUAACCAGUGUACCUGUCGACAGGAUGGCCAGGUGAUCUGUGGCGAAGCACCCUGUAACUCAUAUCCAGGAAACAAUCCAUAUGCCGGAUAAAACUAAUUCCUUGAAAAGUCACCUUCGGUACUUUUUAUCCACUGCUACAAUAGUGCAAAUCUGACUUGAUAAAGAUGAUUUUUUAUUCACAUGUAUGUUGUAUUAUCCAUUGUAUUUUUAAAUUUUUCUACCUUUA